CAAGUGAGGCGUAAGUGUUAUAUUUAUUAAUUUAAGAAAUAAAUGUUAGCUCAAAAAUAGUGUAUUUUAGUAUCUUUCUGUUUUGAAUGAGUCUACUAUAUAGUAUGGAUGUAGAAUCGUCAAUUGGAGCAGGGCCGUCCUACGCGUUUCGCGCCUGCACGAACAGUUGAAGAUCCGUUGCCAACCCCAUUUCUCGGAAGCCUUUUACGUGAACAAGACAAGAACCCCUCCCCCACCUGAAAAACUACUACCGCCGCAGCCAUGUCCGCAACCACCACCGCCGCCGCCACAACCUCAGUGGAGAUUCUGCACCACGCCGCCACCUUCCUCUCCCAAGUACUCUCCCAACCGGACCUCCGCCACCAUCUCUUCUCCACCUUCCUCCAAAGACUCCCUUCAACCCUCAUCAAGCCCCUAAACUCGGCUUUUCAAACCAUAGAAAACGCCAUCUCCACCGCCGCCGCCGCCUCCUCCUCUCUCCGCUCCGCCGAAAAGCUCCUCCUCUCCAACUCCCACAACCCCUUCGCUUCCUUUCUCCUAUCUCUUGUUCACUAUCUUCGCCACCGGGAAAUCGAUGCAUCUCUCAGCCUUCUUGAUGUGUUCCAAGCUGACCCUUCACUAUGCAGACUAGAAAUCGCGCCAUUCCUCUUCCAAGAACUGUUCCUCAUACAUUUUGCUUCCAUUCUCGAAUGGUACAACGAGCAGAGAUCGAGCAUCCUCUACUCUUUCUCCUUGACCUCCGAUUACAACAGUGAUGACCACUCCAUCAUCUCAAACACGACACUCUUGUCGAAAAUGAGCGGCGAUCAAGCUUCUGCACUCAGGGAUUUGGAGAGGGAUUACGAGGAUUUACUUGAUGAGAACUGCAGGAUAUUCGUGGAGUACUUUAAGAGGAUUCUACGUAACAAAGAUGGAGAUCAAGUGAAAGUUCCACCACCAACGGUAGUACUUCAAAUCCGUGAAACUGCUGAUAAGCUUGUUUACAGUGAUGAAGAGAAGAUCAAAAACCAAGAAUUCGAGUCGACAAACAGACGGUAUAAUCCAAUGUGGGCUGGUGGAGAUAGAUCAGUUGAAUUCAGCAGCAACAGAGCCAAGAGCCUGUCCAAGUUUCCGUCUUUCGUUCCUGAAAGAGUCUCUCCGAAGGUCAUCACAAAUCAAAGAUCGUCAGAAGAAUCAGAAACAUCAAUAGAAAAUGAUUUUGGUGCUAAACUCCACUCUUCUGCAAAUGAGAACUUGAGUGAUUAUUCUUCCUCAGAUUCUGAAGCAGAAUCGAAGGGAAGGAUCAAAACACUGGCAUUGUUUGACUCCAGAAAGAUCACAAGCCAGAAACAAAAGCAACCUCUUUCACUAGAAGAAUCGAGGGGUUCUCCCCAUCUUUUCAUGGAAGACAUUGACAACGUUCUUGGUGGAGGAAAGAGUACACCACCAAAAGACUUUGUCUGCCCCAUAACUACACACGUAUUCCACGACCCUGUGACUCUUGAGACGGGCCAGACUUACGAAAGAACAGCUAUUCAAGAAUGGAUUGACAGGGGAAAUUCCACUUGUCCAAUUACUCGCCAGAAGCUGAGUAGCACUCAGCUGCCUAAAACAAAUUACGUGCUUAAGCGACUCAUAGCAAGUUGGCAAGAACAAAAUCAGGGAUCAGCUCUUAGCCAAUUCAAAGUAAUGCAAGCAAAAGUCGGCCCAGAAAUUCGUUCAGUUUCGCCUAAUAGUGUCAUAAGCCAAGCCACCAUCGAUGGCACCAUGAGUGAGCUUAGACUCGCGACUACAGACCUGUGUACAUCAGAAGUCCUGAGAGACGCUGAAACAGCAGUUCUCACAAUUGAACGGUUCUGGGAGGAAGGGAAUAUGCAGCUGGAAAUGAUAUCUAUGCUCACAAAACCUCCUGUCAUUAACGGUUUUGUGGAGAUAUUGUUCAAUUCUGUGGAUAAACAAGUCUUAAAAGCUACUAUUCUUCUCCUGACGGAGCUUGGAUCAAGAGAUGUUAGCGUUAUCCAGACACUGACAGCAGUUGAUUCAGACGUUGAAUGCAUUGUUGAACUCUUCAAGAAAGGUUUGGUGGAGGCUGUUGUGUUGGUUCAUCUCUUAAGACCUCAGGCAACGAGCCUCGUAGAAAUGGACUUGGUGGAUUAUCUUUUGGCGGUGCUUGGUAACAAAGAGGACGACGAUUCAAAGAAAAUGUGUAUGAAUCCAAGAACAGCUUCAUUGAUUCUGCUAGGAGAUAUUAUCCGCAGUUCCAGCGAAGCCCGUCUAGCAAAAAUUGUAAGAAGCAUGGUCGCAACCAACGCAAUUGAGAAAAUCGUUGUUAGUCUACAAGCUGAACAGGUUGAGGAAAGACUUGCGGCUGUGACUAUCUUGCUGAGAUGCGUUCUUGAGGAUGGAAAGUGCAGGAACAUAAUUGCUGAGAAAGCUGAAUUUGCUUCUGUCUUAGAGAUAUUCGUCGGAGCAAACGAUGCAGAACGGUUUGAGAUAGUACAUUUGCUCUCUGAACUAGUUAAAUUGAACAGAAGGAAUCUGAAUGAGCAAAUCUUGCAUCUUUUGAAGGAUGAAGGUACUUUCAGCACAAUGCAUAACCUUCUCAUGUAUCUACAAAAUGCCCUUCAAGAUCAGUCUCCUAUUGUGGCUGGUCUACUUCUGCAACUUGAUCUUCUGGACGAGCCAAGAAAGAUGAGCAUAUACAGAGAAGAGGCCAUAGAUGCACUAAUUUCAGGUCUGAGAAAUUCAGAGUUCCCAGUUGCUCAAAUUUCGGCGGCGGAGACAGUGUUGUCCCUGCAAGGAAGGUUCUCUUAUUCAGGGAAGUCACUGUCGAGGGCCAUUCUCCUCAAACGUGCAGGGCUAGACAGGAGUUAUAGAGCCUUUAUGAGGAAGGAUAAGCGCAGACACAACAUAUCUGCUGAUGAUCAGGACACGAAGGAAGAUGAGAAAGCUGGUGAAGAGUGGGAAAGAAGAGUGGCCUUUGCUCUUGUGAGCCAUGAGUUUGGGCUACUGUUUGAGGGUUUGGCAGAAGGCCUGAAAAGUAGAUACGAAGAGUUGCAGUCAGUAUGCUUCAUGGCAGCCACUUGGCUCACAUACAUGCUGUCCAUUCUCCCAGACACUGGGGUCCGAGGAGCAGCCCGUGUCUGCUUCCUCAAGCACUUUGUCUCCGUUUUCAAAUCUCGAAAGAACACUGAAGAUAGAGCCCUCUCCAUGCUUGCACUCAAUACCCUCAUUCGUGACCCUGAAGGAUUGCAGGGUUUAGGGGCGCAUAUGAAGGACAUUCUGAAAGGGUUGAGGGAGCUUAAGAAAUCCUCUAGCAUGGCAGUUGAGAUGCCCGGUGUGCAGGAUAUAUGGAAUCAUAAAGAAUUAAGUGAAGAAGAUUGCAGUAUGAACGGAGAAGUCCUCACAAUAACUUGCUUCAGAGACAAAAUUUUCUCAGGACAUUCAGAUGGAACUAUAAAGGUGUGGAGUAGUGAAGGCUCUGAGCUCCAUCUUAUCCAAGAAAUUUGUGAACAUACAAAAGCAGUUACUAGCUUGGCGGUCCUACAUUCCUCGGACAAACUCUACAGUGGUUCACUUGACAGGACUGUCAGGGUUUGGGUAGUAAGCGUGGAAGGAAUUUACUGUGAACAAGUUCAGGAGAUGAAGGAUCACAUAAAUAACCUGGUUGUUGCCAACAACAUAGCAUGUUAUAUUCCUCAAGGUGCCGGAGUCAAGGUGUACUCAUGGAAUGGUUCCUCUAAAUUACUGAACCAACAGAAGUAUGCUAAAUGUUUGGCUCUUGUACAAGGAAAAGUAUAUUGUGGAUGUAUGGAUAAUAGCAUCCAGGAAAUCGAUUUGGCCACGGGAACACUUGGAAUCAUACAAAGUGGCUCCAAGAAAUUGUUAGGAAAAGCAUAUCCCAUUUAUGCACUGGAAAUUCAUGAUGGACUAAUAUAUGCAGCAGGCCCUUCAUUUGAUGGAGCAAAUGUUAAGAUAUGGAGCACUUCAAACUAUAGCAUGGUUGGAUCACUGCCAUCUACCUCGGAAAUACGCACUAUGGCUGUAAGCUCGGACCUCGUAUAUUUGGGGUGCAAAGGUGGGACUGUCGAAGUUUGGUGCAGAAAGAAGCACAGUAGAGUAGAAACACUUCAAGUAAGUUCCACUGCCAAAAUUCUUUGCAUGGCCAUUGAUGCUAAUGAAGAUAUGCUGAUUAUUGGGACAUCUGAUGGAAGAAUUCAGACAUGGGGUUUGAACUGAAGAGAAGAACUAUACAUUUGUUAGAGCUUAGACUUUUAAGGAUCAACUCUACACAAGAUUGUUUGGAACGAUGAAGUGGUUCAAUUGUGGCAUCUGUUUGUGUAAAAGUUCGAUCACAGUUUCAGUUUUUAGGAAGAAUCCUCUGUCCAAAAAAAAGAAAGGAAAAAAACCCUACAAAAAUUCUAAUAUUUGUUGUAUGGACUAUUCAAUAAGCAUAUGAUGUAUAUCGAAAUCAGAAGAUGUAUAUAUGAAAUGUUAAGUAUAACAUUGAAUACAUGUAAUAUAUAUAUAUAUAUAUGAUGGAUUGUAUGGAAAUCAUCAUUUUUUGGGUGGAACGCCUAAGGAGGUGAUUCUCUUUGGGGCGGAGGUGAUGCUUGGUGAGGUAGGGUCACUACCUGUGGUGGGCUUGUUCACGAGGUGAGUCUUUUGUCACAGAGUGAUGGGGGUAUCCCUUCAGUGGGGCUUGCUCACGGGGUGAGUCUUGGCCACAGUGUGAGGGGUUCACCCCAUGAGGUGGUGAUUGUUCACGAGGUGGGAGUUGUCUUGCUUCCUUCUCGCAUGUUUCAUGGGCAACGUCCACCCCCUAAACAUCAUGAGUUCAAGACCUGAUUUGUAUUCUU